AGACGGCGGCCAGGUCGCGCCGCGAGCGAGCUUCCGCGCCGCCCGCACGCGCGACUUACCUGGGCGCUCCGCGCCCCCGGAUGCUGCAGGUUAUUCAACGAUAGUUAUGACCUCCCGGUUACGUGCGUUGGGUGGAAGAAUUAAUAACAUACGCACCUCAGAACUCCCCAAAGAGAAAACUCGGUCUGAAAUUGUCUGCAGCAUCCGCUUUUUAGAUGGCUUGGUACAGACCUUUAAAGUUAACAAACAAGAUACUGGUCAGGUGCUACUGGAUAUGGCAUACAACCACCUGGAUGUGACAGAAAAGGAAUAUUUUGGUUUACAACACAAUGAUGACUCCAUGGAUUCCCCUAGAUGGCUUGAAUCAAGCAAACCCAUCAGAAAGCAGUUAAAAGGAGGUUUCCCCUGUACCCUGCAUUUUCGAGUAAGAUUUUUUAUACCUGAUCCCAACACACUGCAGCAAGAACAAACCAGGCAUUUGUAUUUCUUACAACUGAAGAUGGAUAUUUGUGAAGGAAGGUUAACCUGCCCUCUUAACUCAGCAGUGGUUCUGGCAUCCUAUGCAGUACAAUCUCAUUUUGGAGACUACGACCCUUCCAUACACCAUCCAGGCUAUCUUUCUGAAAGUCAGUUUAUACCAGAUCAGAGCGAUGACUUUUUAACAAAGGUGGAAUCUCUGCAUGAGCAGCACAGUGGGCUAAAGCAGUCAGAAGCCGAGUCCUGCUAUAUCAACAUCGCUCGGACCCUUGACUUCUACGGAGUGGAACUCCACAGUGGUAGGGAUCUGCACAAUUUAGAACUAAUGAUCGGCAUUGCUUCUGCGGGCAUUGCUGUGUACCGAAAAUACAUUUGCACAAGUUUCUAUCCUUGGGUGAACAUUCUCAAAAUUUCUUUCAAAAGGAAAAAGUUCUUUAUACAUCAGCGACAAAAACAGUCUGAAUCCAGGGAACAUAUCGUGGCCUUCAACAUGCUAAAUUACCGGUCUUGCAAAAACUUAUGGAAAUCCUGUGUCGAGCAUCAUACAUUCUUUCAAGCAAAGAAGCUACUACCUCAGGAAAAGAAUGUUCUGUCUCAGUACUGGACUAUGGGCUCUAGGAACACCAAAAAGUCUGUAAAUAACCAGUAUUGCAAAAAGGUGAUUGGAGGGAUGGUGUGGAACCCAGCCCUGCGGAGAUCCCUGUCCGUGGAGCACUUAGAAACCAAGAGUCUGCCUUCGAGGUCCCCUCCCAUUACUCCCACCUGGCGAAGUCCCCGGCUCCGGCACGAAAUCCGAAAACCACGACACUCUUCUGCAGAUAAUCUUGCAAAUGAAAUGACCUACAUCACAGAAACAGAAGAUGUAUUUUACACAUACAAGGGUUCUCUGUCCCCCAGAGACAGCGACUCCGAAGUUUCUCAGAACCGCAGCCCACAUCGAGAGAGUUUAUCGGAGAACAACCCGGCAUACGGCUACCUGACCCAGAAGUCAUCCAGUUCUGUGUCUCCAUCUUCAAAUGCUCCAAGCUCCUGCUCACCUGAUGGUGUCGAUCAGCAGUUCUUAGAGGACUACCACAGGGUGACGAAGGGGGGCUCCACCGAGGAUGCCAGCCAGUAUUACUGUGACAAGAAUGAUAAUGGUGACAGCUACUUAGUCUUGAUCCGUAUCACGCCAGAUGAAGAUGGAAAAUUUGGAUUUAACCUUAAGGGAGGAGUGGAUCAAAAGAUGCCUCUUGUGGUGUCAAGGAUAAACCCAGAGUCACCUGCGGACACCUGCAUUCCUAAGCUGAACGAAGGGGAUCAAAUUGUGUUAAUCAAUGGCCGGGACAUCUCAGAGCACACCCAUGACCAAGUGGUGAUGUUCAUCAAAGCCAGCCGCGAGUCCCACUCUCGGGAGCUGGCCCUGGUCAUCCGGAGGAGAGCUGUCCACUCAUUUGCUGACAUCAAACCCGAAGAUGAACUGAACCAGCUUUUCCCCGAGGCCAUUUUCCCCAUGUGUCCAGAGGGUGGGGACACUCUGGAGGGAUCCAUGGAGCAGCUCAAGAAGGGCCUCGAAAGCGGGACAGUGCUGAUCCAGUUUGAGCAACUCUACAGAAAGAAGCCAGGGUUGGCCGUCACGUUUGCAAAGCUGCCUCAAAAUUUGGACAAAAACCGAUACAAAGAUGUGCUGCCAUAUGACACCACACGGGUAUUACUGCAGGGAAGUGAAGAUUAUAUUAAUGCGAGUUAUGUGAACAUGGAAAUUUCUGCUGCUAACCUUGUGAACAAGUACAUUGCCGCUCAGGGACCCCUGCCACAUACCUGUGCACAGUUUUGGCAAGUCGUCUGGGAUCAGAAGUUGUCACUCAUUGUCAUGUUGACGACGCUCACAGAGCGAGGGCGGACCAAAUGUCACCAGUACUGGCCCGACCCCCCUGACGUCAUGGACCACGGCAGUUUUCACAUCCAGUGUCAGUCAGAAGACUGCACCAUCGCCUAUGUGUCUCGAGAAAUGCUGGUCACCAACACCGAGACAGGGGAAGAACACACACUGACGCAUCUCCAGUACGUCGCGUGGCCCGACCACGGCGUGCCUGAUGAUUCCUCGGACUUUCUGGAAUUUGUAAACUAUGUGAGGUCCCUGAGAGUGGACAGUGAGCCUGUCUUAGUUCACUGCAGACCCUCUGCCAGGGCAGCCCUGGUGUCCCACCCUAGCCAGUACAAGUUUGUGUGUGAAGCGAUUCUUCGUGUGUAUGAAGAAGGCUUAGUCCCGAUGCUGGAUCCCAGUUAGAGCAACUGUGAACGUGUUCAUUCCUCUUUCCCAAGGGCGCCCUCCCUAAGAGAGGAGACAAACCUUCUCUCUGGAAGCAGCAAGAGGAACUGGUAGCUGUGGGAAAGGAAUGAGCACCUUUGAACCCAGGCACUUUAAAAUUUCUCUAGAAAAGGUAUCAUGUACAUAGGAACUGGUGUAGAUACGCAUGCAGUUACGGCAUCACUUAGGCCCGUUAUUCCUACAGAGAGAGAUAUGCAAGAAGGAAUCUUCAGUUUGGGACCUGCCUUCCUCCUUAACAUCACCAUACACACCCUGUCAGCCAUCCUUGGGCAAUUGAGAGGGGACUCCAGGAGUGCUGUUGACUCCCCAGAAACAAGACAGCAUGGUUAUUUCAGGUUUCUUGGGUGUUUCAUGUGUUUAUGUGUACAGGACUGUAAGGGCUCAGCAGUCUGUCCUUACAACUCAUGUCUACCGGCCCCUGAUGCUACGGAAAUCCUGACGAACUUGCUGAAUAGCAAGGCAGUGGGAAUUCAGGCUGAAGGCUGAGCAGUACCUUUUCUGCCCUCCCUUCCUUUGUCCCAUCUCCUGGUCACUUUAAUCAAUACUCAUGUUCCUGAGAAUCA